AUGACCAGAGUUAUCUUGGACUGUACUGAAAUAGAAGUUCAAAGAGCUUCAAAUUGUGACCUACAAUCCAUGAACUUUUCAUCCUACAAAAACUGUGCAACUGUAAAAGGAUUAGUUGGGAUCACCCCAGAUGGCAUUGGAUGCUUUUUUAGUGAUCUUAUGCCAGGAUCGACCUCAGAUAAUGAGAUAACACUUGCAUCUGGAGUACUAAAUAAGGUUGAGUCAGGCAGAGGAGUUAUGACCGAUAGAGGUUUUACAAUCCAGGACAAUUAUGCAGAGAAAGGGUUACAUCACUUUGCACCACCCAUGUUGGAGGGCAAUCAAAUGUCAGUAGCUGAUUGUACAAAGACUUUUGACAUAGCUCAUUUUCGCAUUCAUGUGGAACGAUUCAUUGGAAGAAUGAGGAACUGGCACAUUCUUUCACAGAUCUGGCCAAUGAAUCAGUAUGACUUAAUACUUAACCCAACAUGGAAAGUAAUUGGGUUUCUUGUAAAUAUGAGCCCGCCUGUUGGUCCUAAAAUCAAUGAUCAUGAAGUUGAGGAAUAA